AUGACCGACGAUUGGUUCGAUAAAGUUGAUGUAGAGGCGCUCUAUGCGGGUAAAGUUGUUGGAUGCGACGAUUGCGGGCAGUCUCCGGUAAAAGCGAAGGAGUCAGGCAUUGUGUGCGGGCCCAUCUUGCGUCUCAUCAGCGUGGAUUACUCCAAGAAGGUUUACCGUGGGUCAAUGCUCAUUAUAGUGAAGAAUAGCGGAGAGCAACCUGUGGUGAAGUUGCAGGUAGGUCCGGCAAAGUCCGAGGAUGGCUCAUCGCCCAGUAUCGAUGAGCCCCGCACGCUCAAAUGCACGCUUUUCUACGAGGAAAGUGGCAGCGAGGCCAGUUAUAAGUUCUACCGCUACUCGAUCGAGGUGCCGCUCCAAGGUUAUGAGCAGAUGUGCAAGUACUCUGUGGACUCGGAAAUAGAACCACAUUACCGGUUCUUCGUGCCAAGCGAAGAACAGAACUUUAACACGAUAUCUGUAUCGUGCAACGGGUUCUCGCUCUCUGUGGACACCACGAAGUUCAAGGGCUCGAUGUGGUACGAUAUUCUAAGGAAACACGAGAAGGUGCGCUACCAUGUGAUUCUCGGUGGAGGUGACCAGAUCUACUCGGACUCCAUCAACAUUUACUGCGACAGGUUCAAGCACUGGCUCAAGAUCAAAGACCCGAUUAAGAAACACAAGACUAAAGCUACACCCGAGAUGAAACGCGAUUUGGACGCAUUUUACCUACAAGAGUAUUUGGAUUGGUUUGGGUACGGCCAUUGGAAGGGCUCUACGGACAAAUCGAAGACGACACAGCGGUGUUUCCCGAUCUCGAUGUCGACGAUUCCCUCGCUCAACAUCUUCGAUGACCACGACAUCAUCGACGGCUACGGCUCGUACUCGCACCAGUUCAUGGCGAGCGAGGUGUUCAAACAGGUUGGGAAAUCCGCAUUCAAGUACUACAUGCUUUUCCAGCACCAUACUUCUACCAGCGAGCGCGAAGCGUAUUUGCAGGACCCAUGCUGGGUUCUUGGUGCGCAACCGGGGGACUACAUAGGAGAAAAAUCGCACUCUAUAUACACUAGACUCGGGCCCUCAAUGGCUGUUCUUGGUAUCGACUGCCGGACGGAGCGUAAGGUGAACCAAGUGUGCUCAAGCAAGACUUACGACGCAUUGUUUGCUCGACUGCGCCAGGACUUGAGCGAAAACGAAAACAAGUUAGACCACUUGCUAGUGAUGUUGGGGGUCCCCAUCGCGUACCCCAGACUCGUGUGGCUAGAGUACCUAUUUUCAAGCAAAUUAUUGGCACCGCUCAAGUGGCUUUCAAAGAAGGGUAUCUUUGCUCGAGGCCUCGUGAACGAGUUUAACGGUGACGUCGAGCUUUUGGACGACCUCAACGACCACUGGUGCGCACACCACCACAAGCGCGAGCGUAACGCCCUCGUCGCACGUCUCCAGGACUUUGGGGCCCAACAGGGUGUCCGUAUCACGAUCUUGUCCGGUGAUGUCCACUUGGCCUCUGUCGGAAGAUUCCGCUCUGCUGGCCACAGACACUUAGAUCACGUGAUCCCAAAUAGCGACAGCAACGCCGCCCCAUCUUCUCCCGAGCACGAUGUCCGCUUGAUGAUGAACGUGAUCUCGAGCGCAGUGACAAACACCCCACCACCAAACCAGAUGGCACUGUUGCUCCAGAACCGGGCCAAGAAGCCCCACCAUUUCGACCACGAAACAGACGAGGACGCGGUGCCCUUGUUUUACGAGGACGUCACGGGCGAGCCCCGGUCUGCCAACGCGUUCAUGAACCGCCGUAACUGGUCAGACAUCAUUCCUGUUGCCAACCUCUUGCAGAACCAGUACCUAAGCAACCAGUACAAACUAAACGUCGGUGACGUGAUGAAGCCGGGCAAAGUGGGUACCGGUGUUACCCGGGGUACCAACUCUGGUGAAACCCAUGAAUCUGCUAAAGCUGCUACAAAGGCUGCUGCUGCUACCAAGAGUGGGGAAAAUACUACAGAAGAAAGUUACCCGGUCACUGCUCGUGGUAUCGUAGCCACGAUCCAUUGUGAGAAGGACGCUUUGUCUGCCAGUUCUGAGACCGUCGGGUAUACGCUGCCGAUUCCCGAGCUUUGUGCGCGCGUUGACAAACUAUCGCACGUUGGUAUCAAGCAUUUAAACCUGGAGUAA